AAAUUGGUGUUUGAAUUUAGAGUGGCCUACUUUACAUAAAUCUUUUGAGCAGCACCCAUAUUCACAGUCUAUUAUCAAGAAAUGAAUGAUUGCUUUGUUCUGAGAUUCUUCCUAGGCCUCCUCGUGGGGUCAUUAAAUAAAAAGGUAAACCAAACAGUUAAAUAACGCUAGUAGUAUUCUACGGUGACGUUAACAAUGAAACAAAACAACUAUAAUGUUUAGUACAUGUAGGCUAUGGGAUAAUGUGGACCCUUCCAAAGUUUGUUCAUACGUUUCCAGCUUUAUGCUAAUGAGCUGUGAGGGAGGAUGGGGAGAGGCAAGUGUUGCUGGAAUUGGGGGAUUUAUCGCUCAACCAAAAUCUAACAUUUAAAGGCGCUCAACUUUGCAUUCACUGAAGUACCUGUCAAACUAUUUCGGGGUGCGAUGUUCCAACCUUAACGAGCAAAGUGUCAUAUUUGAGUACAGUUAGACUACUUCUUGUGGCAGACGGUCUGUGUCAAAAGGCUGUGUUGAGGAGGCAGUGAAUGUGGGGGGAAAACAACACCCUCUAGUGUUUCUUAGCCAAAUUUAAUAAUUUCAACAAAGCCAACAAAGCCAUUCAUUUUUUGGGGAAAAAACCUUUGUCAUUUAUUUAGCGUUUGAUUGGUGUAUACACAUUGUUCUUUCACCCCCUCUGCCACCUUUCAUUAAAUAGCCUGAGGAUGUGUUCCAUCAUAUUAAUUUUAUAGGCCUAUUUAAAAUUUAAGUUUGCUCAACCACACAAGGCAAAACAUUUACAGGAAAUGGCUUUCAAAGUUGACCCUCUGGGAAAAGGCUACGAAAGGUGGUGCUUCCAUUUGCAACCUAUUCCUAUGACUUGUUGGUAAACAAAAGCAGGCCAAUUCUAAUCCUAUUACCUCAGGUUGCCGUAGAACCCCUUCAGUUCUUCAUUUAAGUGCCAUGUGAGCUAACCCUUACUACUCGUGUCAGCUUGCUGAACUUCUCCGGUGUGACAAGAGGAGAGGGACAGCGGGGUUUGGGUUUCGCUCACCUGGUAACUGAAGUCGUUUCAAAAUCCCCUGCACAGCUAUUAUCUUGUGUUGCGAAAAGAGGGUACUGCUAGUUCUGAAAUACUCAGCUCGAGGUACACUUGGUACUGAAAUUCUCUGUAGGAAAAAGACGAAACUAAUUGACAUCAAAGUCGGUCAAUCAAGGCUCUCUACUCCAACUCAAACAGAAUAGAUCCAACUGCUCUUUUUAUGAAAACCUUUUUCCACUUUUGCAUUUAGCCAGGUGGAUGACUUGCAGAAUACAAACUUAACAAGGCAGUGCUGCUUUUUCCAGUCGAAGCCUAGCGCAUGGCAGGACCAGGUGUGGCUCUGCGUUUGCAAGAGUUCAAGGUCAGAUACGGAUCCAACCAGUUUGACAGGUUGCCAGGGAUUACAACAAAGGUACCACAUCAAGGGACUGAUGUGCGUGGGCUCUACCAUGGACAGCUGGGCAGAAUGCACGUUGUUCCCUUGGAGCAACACAGAGUGAGGUUUGCAUCCCUGGACUGCCCUCUGGGCUCUCACGGUGGGAAUCAUGAGGACCACCAGAGGGGGUUUGACCUCCAGACCCUCCGUGCCUUGGACGCACUCCGCCACAGCGCUUGUGCCUCGGAGAAACUGCCCCCUGAGACAGCUUACAAAGAAGAGUUUGGCCUGCAGUCCACCCUCUUGGCACCGGAGAACACCAAAUUCACCCUUUACGCUCAUCCUGGGCCCAUGCAGCUGUGGUCAGACAACUUGGAGCGCUGUUUUUGAUGCAUCUAAGCAUGAAUAUGAGUGUUACUGUAAGAGUUACGAAGGUUUUUUCAAUGGAUUCCAUUCCUACAAUACCAACAGAGUGGGAGCAUAAAUGCAGCUUGAAGACUAGGCUUCAACCCAGACUGGUUUGUGUUGAAGGAACAUUGACCCUGUGACCGUUGUGGCUGUUGCAUGAUUUUUUUCUUGGUUGAUUCUAAAUGUUUGAUAUUCAAAAUUAUAUUGUUGAACAGUUUUUUGUCUAUUUGUCAUCUCCUUCGCUCUCUACUCUGGAACAUCUGGAGGCUCAAAGCAAGAUCCUUACUGUAUUUCACCUCUAGGUGGUGUGAAACUCAGUAUGCCAGAGAUAACCCCAAACUGUCACACUGUACCACAAUGUACAUGACAUUACAUUCAAAUGAACAAUCUUCUGGUGUUCUAGCUACCUAAAUUCUGUCUCACUUUUUCCAUGUCACUUCCCCCAUCCUUUUUAACAUUUUUUACAUUGUUUUAAUACAUGUGUAUAAAAAGAGAGAAAAAAUCUAACAAAAAUCUCUUCCCCACAAAUGAAUAUGUAUCAAUCAUGUCAACCCCUUCAUAUAUUGUCUGUCAUGUGAUCUAGCGCUGGGACUGUUGUCACUAUUUUGUCACUAUUUUCGGCAGAUGCAUCUUACUAAACACACUUAUUGAUAUGGGCUUUGUAAGAAAGCAUCGGCUAUAUGACAGAAAUUCAUAGAAUCAAUUCCAUCUCAAUGGUUUAGCAUGGAUAAAGAAACCACUCAUCUUACUAUGUCAACCUGCAACUGUGGCCAUUGUGUCUGGUUUCAGUUUCUAAUGAUGCUUCUUUCAUUGCUGUAUGAGUUACUUCACAGUGCUUUAUUUGUUAAUAUUUCUGAACAAUUAAUACACCCUAUAAUAAAAACAAUGUUCUCUUGUU